CUGGGCACCAACGAAGCGGGACCGGAAGCGCAGGCGGUCCCUGGAGCGGGAACCGCACGCUACACAAGAUGAUCUCCCUCUCGAUGUUUCCGCCGCCAGUGUGUGGAACGACUCUCUACGAGCUGAAUAAUGAACUGGUCGCUGGAACACAGAGCGAUGAAGAUGUCCACAGCUUACACAUGCAGAUUCUGGGCUUCCCGCCGAUCGUGGUGAACAAGGAGAGUCUGAAAACGCACGGACGUUCGGAGCCGUGCAGCAGAGCGGCGUUCCUGACUCACAGUGAGCCCGUGUGGAAACGUGGAGCUAAUGCCUGGCACGACUCUGGCAUCUAUGGAUUACUGCAGGAGAUCAACAAAUCUGCAGAUGAAGGUUAACCCAUCUCCUCUCCCCCUCCCGCUCCCUCUCCCUCUCCUUCCCCUCUCCCCCUCCUUCCUCU